AUGCAAGCAAGCGACAAGUUCCAUUUCCGGGACAAGUGGGCCUUUUUCUGGAAAGAGGGAGGGAAAGUUUACUUCAUGGUUGCUGAUAACGUGUCUGACGAAGGAAAGAGACUCAAAAUGAAAGGCGGAAACAGAAGAGAGUACACCGCCAUCACGCAGGCAAAGUUACAUCAGGACUCAAGAUACGUGGAGUUCGAGUUUGAAGCGACGCAACGGACUGCAGCCAUGCCCAUCAAGAGAAUCCUCAUCAAUAACAAGAUCACACGAGAAUUGAUGGCGCAGUACUUGAAGACCAAACAGCGACGCCAAUUCGUGGAACAUUUCAAUAAGGUCUUGCGAAAUCGCAGCCAGGAGCAUACAGGACAGCAUGAUCUGAGGAGGGAAGGAAGGCUCAUGCAGGUACCUCCCAAAGUGCAAGUGCUUCUUCCAGAGACACCGGUCGUGUAA